UUCGCGAGCGCAGCAACCACUCAGCCGGCGCCGAGCGAUGGAGCGGUCUGCGGCGUGAGCACCGGGAGCUCAGACCGGAGAAGGGCGAGCGGGGACAGCCACAGCAGGUGGAAAUCAGACCCAGAGCCAACCGAGCGAGAAGAAAGUACCUGAGCGCCGCUUCUCCUCCACCCCGGCAGCUAACGAGAACUACUUUUACCCUCCUCGUAAAAGAGAGACUGGGGGAAGGCGAAGGCGGUCUGUGUUCUUAGGAGGGCUUCAGAGAAUCCCGAACAGGGCUAGCCGCCGCCCGGUACACCGAGCACAGCCAUCCUGGGCUUCUGAAGAUAAACCCUUUCCGGAGAAUUCCAGCUGGAGUCGCUGGUACCGUUCUAUUUUUGUAUUUAAAUAUAUGUGCUCUUCGCCUCCCUUCUAAAAACACGGCCGGUUUUUUGGUAGCAGGAGUGACACGUGUCGGUACAGAGUGGGAAUAUUUACAGCUCGCUCGCUCUCUCUCAUUUGCUGUCACUUUCGGAGGGUAGGCGCGUUCCCUGUUUCUGAAACGGGCGUGUUAUUUGGAAACUCUUGUUUUUCUGCCUACCUGCACAUUUACACGCGCGAGCGUUUAGCAAGAGUGAGCUCUUUUUAGCUUUUGGAGAUCCGAACCCUAGGGAGGAAAGAUGGAAAAGGGGGCUCGACAGCGAAACAACACCGCCAAGAACCACCCGGGUGAGAGCAGAUCCGACACCAGCCCGGAGGCCGAGGCUGGCUCGGGAGGGGGCGGAGUAGCCCUGAAGAAAGAGAUCGGAUUGGUCAGCGCCUGUGGUAUCAUCGUAGGGAACAUCAUCGGCUCUGGGAUCUUUGUCUCACCAAAGGGUGUGCUGGAGAACGCUGGCUCUGUGGGCCUUGCUCUCAUCGUCUGGAUCGUGACAGGUAUCAUCACAGCUGUAGGAGCCCUCUGCUACGCUGAGCUGGGUGUCACCAUCCCUAAAUCUGGAGGUGACUACUCCUACGUCAAGGACAUCUUCGGAGGACUGGCUGGGUUCCUGAGGCUAUGGAUUGCUGUGCUGGUGAUCUACCCCACCAACCAAGCUGUCAUCGCCCUCACCUUCUCCAACUACGUGCUACAGCCGCUCUUCCCUACCUGCUUCCCCCCGGAGUCUGGCCUGCGACUCCUGGCUGCCAUCUGCUUGCUACUGCUCACGUGGGUCAACUGCUCCAGUGUCCGAUGGGCCACCCGGGUUCAAGACAUCUUCACAGCUGGGAAGCUCCUGGCCCUGGCCCUGAUCAUCAUCAUGGGUGUUGUGCAAAUAUGCAAAGGAGAAUUCUUUUGGCUGGAGCCGAAGAACGCAUUUGAGAAUUUCCAAGAACCUGACAUCGGCCUCGUUGCUCUGGCUUUCCUCCAGGGCUCCUUUGCCUAUGGAGGCUGGAACUUUCUUAAUUACGUGACUGAGGAACUUGUGGAUCCCUACAAGAACCUUCCUAGAGCCAUCUUCAUCUCCAUCCCACUGGUCACAUUUGUGUAUGUCUUUGCCAAUGUCGCGUAUGUCACUGCAAUGUCCCCCCAGGAGCUGCUGGCCUCCAAUGCAGUCGCUGUGACUUUUGGAGAGAAGCUUCUGGGGGUCAUGGCCUGGAUCAUGCCCAUUUCUGUUGCCCUGUCCACAUUCGGAGGAGUCAACGGCUCACUCUUCACCUCCUCCCGGCUGUUCUUUGCUGGAGCCAGAGAAGGCCACCUUCCCAGCGUGUUGGCCAUGAUCCAUGUGAAGCGCUGCACCCCAAUCCCAGCACUGCUCUUCACAUGUCUCUCCACGCUGCUGAUGCUGGUCACCAGUGACAUGUACACCCUCAUCAACUACGUGGGCUUCAUCAACUAUCUCUUCUAUGGGGUUACAGUUGCAGGACAGAUAGUCCUUCGCUGGAAGAAGCCAGACAUCCCCCGCCCCAUCAAGAUCAGUCUGCUGUUUCCCAUCAUCUACUUGCUGUUCUGGGCCUUCCUGCUGAUCUUCAGCCUGUGGUCAGAGCCGGUAGUGUGUGGCAUUGGCCUGGCUAUCAUGUUGACGGGAGUACCUGUCUACUUCCUGGGCGUCUACUGGCAGCACAAACCCAAGUGUUUCAAUGAUUUCAUUGAGUUGCUAACCCUAGUGAGUCAGAAGAUGUGUGUGGUCGUGUAUCCCCAGAUGGAGGGGGACUCAGGGACAGAGGAAGACGCUGAUGACGUGGAGGAGGAACAGCAGAAGCCCAUGUUCCAGCCCAUUCCUGUCAAGGACCAGGACUCAGAGGAACAGCCCUAGCCCUGAGGACUGCCAUCCCUUUCACUGACCACUCCCUCCCUCCCCCAUCCUUCCUGCCCUGCAUCCCUGCCUAGGUCCCUCCAACACACACACACCUGCCUAUACUCCUGCCAGGCAGCGGCGAGACCCGGGUGUCCAUGAUGACAAAUUCUAAACACUGACCUUUGUACCCAAAGAACCUGCUUCUAACACCAAGACCCACAGGGCACCGGGGCCCGCGCACACUCCAAGGGUUUGAGGAGAGUGGAGGUGCCAUGGGUACCCUACCAAAACUCAUGCCCUUUUAGGGGUCACGGCCGCUUCUCCUCCCUAGUUCUGAGCCCAGGUGAAACUUCAGCUAGGAAGGAGGUAGCAGCCCCGGGGAGGUGGUUGGGCAGGACAACACCACCCACCGUCAGCUGGAGAUGCUCAAAUGCCUCCUCAUUCACCGGGACCCAAAAGACAGAGGGUUCACAUCUCCAUCCUGUGUCACUACCACUCCACUGCCCAGCCUAGGCCCCCUGCCCAGAAACUUUCCCUUUCAGGAUGCUUCCUCCCCGCUGAGCUAAGGACCAAGAAGGAGGACCACCCCACCCCCAGCUCUAAGCCAAGCUUGUGGAAUACAUAGGGGAAGGCUCAGAGUGCUAUCCCUGCUCCUGCUCCUGCAUCCUGUCCCCUCAUGGUGCCAAAGCUCCCUGCAGCCAGAAAGGCUUCUUAUGUUCAGUCUAAUAGACAUAAUAGACACCUCUCUCUCUCUCUCUCUCUCUCUCUCUCUCUCUCUCUCUCUCUCUCUCUCAAGGGCAAAGCAACUCAACUACUCCCCCAACCACUGUGUGAAAGAGCAGUGGCCCUCUUAUCAUCCCAGCAGCUCUUCCCACCCACAACACUGCCAGCCACCAUCACCCCUUGACGCCCCUGGACCUUGGCUCAAGAACCAGGCAGGAAGGAUCCCCAAGCCCUUCAGGCCUGAAAUAAAGAGUCAAACUAGCCUUAAGUCAUCUCCCAUCCAAGAACUGGGCCUAAAAAUGCUCCCUUGUUCUACCCUUCAGGUCAGACCAGGUGUUAAAUGCUUUCCCCGGAAGGAAGGGUGUUUUCCCUGCCCCAGAGGUGUUCAGCCCUCACCCUGGGGAGACCAUAUUGAGGAGGGGGAGGGGGUUGAAGGCUAGUUCCUCUCCCCUCCCCUGACUCAAAUGAUCCUACCACCGUCCUGCCAUCCCAUUGAGACAAGAUGGAAAGACAGUGGCAGAUGGCACUCCCUUUGGAGACCUCAGAAAAGCCCCUUCCGUGAGAGCCGCUGACCUGUGCUCUACAGGAAGGUCACAGUGUUUGCCUUGUCCUGGAAGCCUCUGUACCUGCUCUAAGGACAGGAUCCUUAGGUCACAAAGCAGAACCCCAACCUCCAUUCCAUCUACUUAAACUGGAAUACCCCUGGGCCUUUUCCUGGCCCCUGUCAGGUCUCCCAACUUCCCACCUACCUCACCUAACCCCUAACAGGUGAGAGGCUGGGUUUGGGCUGAAUUAUGGCCCUUCAGAGUGCAGUUCAGGCAGGCUAUGGGGCCUCUGGGGGACCAGGGACCAUCCCUCUACCCCUUUCUUCUCAUUCCUCUGGUCUCUACGCACCCUGUCCUUGGAUUAUUAUCUUUUUUUUUUUUAAAGUGGAUGCCUUACUUUUUGGAUAAAUAUU